AUGAGUUUAUCAUCCAACAACAAAGGGUUGGGUAAGCGCACCCGUGAGGUCAAGGUUACUUCAAAAGCAGUACAAGAAGAAAGAUUGAUAGAUGAUGAUGCGAAUCCAUGCAGAAAAACAUGCAACAGAUUGUCAAUUACAGAUCUCCCAGAUGACUUUCUAAGCCUUGUGUAUCAGAGACUAGAAUCCAGUACUAACCAUAGUUCUUUCGGUUUGGUUUGCCGUCACUGGCUCCAUAUUCAGAACGACAAUCAUGAGUCGUUAUGGGAUGAAGAUAAUUCUAAAUGUAGCUUGCGCAAAUCAUCAAAGCUUACUCCAACAAUCUUUUCCAUAAUUCUUUGCAAGUUGUUGAUUCGAUUCCAACAUCUCAAACGAUUGUUUCUAAACCGUCUACCGGUGGUAACAGAUUAUAUUGUAUCACAGUCACAUCUCUUCGGAUCAAAAGUAGAAUACAUAUGCUUAGACGGUUUCGCUGAGUAUUCAGAUAAGAAGCUGUUUUUAAUAUUUUCUUCGUUCCCUGGUUUGGCUUCAGUAGGUCUGAACAGUUCCCAGAUUACCGAUACGGGUAUAGAGGUCCUGGAAAAAUGUUGCGCAUCCUUAGAGAAAGUGGAUCUCAGAUACUGUCAAAGAAUUACUAAUAAAGGUUUAACAAUGCUGGUGAAAAAUUGUGCAUCAUUAAAGAAAGUCGACCUCGCAGGAUGUCAAUGGAUUACUGAUAAAGGUUUAGAAUUCUUAGCAAAAUCCUUAGAGGAAGUGGAUAUCAGAUACUGUCAAAGUAUUACUAAUAAAGGUUUAACAAUGCUGGCAAAAAAUUGUGCAUCAUUAAAAAAAGUCGACCUCGCAGGCUGUCACAGCAUUACUAAUGAAGGUUUAGCAGUGCUGGCAAAAAAUUGUGCAUCCUUAGGGGAAGUCAACCUCAGAUCCUGUCAAUGGGUCACUGAUAAAGGUUUAGAAGUCCUAGCAAAAAGUCGUGCAUCCUUGGAGGUUGUCAAUCUCAGAGAUUGUCAAGGGGUAACUGAUUCAGGAAUAAGUUUUCUCAUACAAAACUGUUCCAAAAUCCGUUCAGUUGAAAUUUCAUUUUGCGCCAACGUAACUGGUGUUGGCUUUCUUGGGUGUUCAAAAACAUUGACUUACGUUGAUGCAACAUUCAUGUGUAAACUAACAACUGUGGGGAUUAAAGCAAUUACAAGUGGAGGUGGGAUUGAAUCUCUAAAUCUAUCAGGAAAAGCAGUUAACAAUGAAGCAGUUAUAACUAUUUCAAAAAGUUUCCCUUUAUUAAGAUCAUUAUCCCUAGAAUAUUGUCUUGAGGUAGGGCCUUUAGGAUGGAAAGCUAUUGGUUUGUAUUGCAGAAACUUAACAGAACUUUACUUGGCAAAUUGCCCGAAGUUAUGUGUUAAAGGGGUGAAAGCUUUGUGUUAUGGGUGUAACAAGCUUUCCAGUUUACAUACUGGCUUAUGGAGUGAUCAUGAUUUUGCUCUUGAUCUUUUCAGGCGGGAAAGACCCGAAGUUCAUCUCUAUUGA